AUGAUGUACUCGCCGGACAAGAUGAUGGGAAGCAAGGGGCUCCACGGGGCACCGAUUACCGCCCCGGGUUGCUUCCCCUCGGGGAGAUACUCGCCGCCACCUUAUCGCGCCGCGCCGGAUCCGAUGCCGCCGCCGCCGAGACGAUGUAUGCCGAAUCCUACCAGUCGUAUAUUGGAAGAUGCAUCCAUUAUGUGCAAUUCUUGGUCACCGAGGCAUAAUGGUGAUAUAUUCAGUGGCUUAAACAGCGGUUUGCAAGAUGGGUUACUUUCAAGAGCGGAGGCUUUGGCAGCCGAUUUAGGAAAGCACAACGCUGGGACGCCAAUGCCUUUAAAGCACGAUCCUGUGUCUGUGUACCAUCAUGGAGCACACAUGCCCACCCCCCAUCCAAAUAAUCGGCCACAUCAUCAGGUACAAUCACAUCUUCUUAUGAGCCAUCCGGGUAUGGAGAGCCUCGAUAUGUUAGACCCAGCGAAUUCGAUGACAACCUUAACGCCAAUGUCCGAGAGCACGGGUGGCGGACCAGGACAUCACACGAGUAUUCACGGCCCGUCUGUGUACGGCGGUAUGAACGGCAUGAUGAGCCACCAUCAUCAUCACGGCAACCUAGGUGGUGGUGGAGGCAGUGUACCACAUCCGGCUCAUCAUCAUCCAGCAAUGGCCGCCGCGGCCGCAGCUGCCGCCGCUGCUGGCCUUCAUCCUGAUGCCGACACGGAUCCUCGAGAGUUGGAGGCGUUCGCCGAGCGAUUUAAGCAGCGACGCAUCAAAUUAGGCGUCACACAAGCGGAUGUCGGUAAGGCACUUGCAAAUCUCAAGCUACCAGGUGUCGGCGCGCUCUCGCAAUCGACGAUUUGUCGCUUCGAAUCACUUACGCUGUCGCACAACAACAUGAUUGCUCUGAAGCCGAUCUUGCAAGCUUGGCUGGAAGAGGCGGAAGCGCAAGCGAAGAACAAGCGACGCGAUCCGGACGCGCCGUCGGUACUGCCGGCCGGCGAGAAAAAGCGGAAACGUACAAGCAUUGCUGCACCCGAGAAGCGCUCGUUAGAGGCAUAUUUUGCGGUACAGCCGCGACCAUCGGGCGAGAAGAUCGCGGCAAUCGCGGAGAAGCUUGACUUGAAGAAGAACGUCGUCCGGGUUUGGUUCUGCAAUCAGCGACAGAAGCAAAAGCGUAUGAAAUUCGCGGCUCAACAUUGACCCGAGAGUGGCUUGUGACAGCAGAACUGACCGUAUCAGUUGCCCAGUCUCGAGCCCAAGCCUGAACCCCUGACUGAGUUCCAGGGGUGGCCGUGAGUCCAAAACCAUUUUUAAAGAUAAACUGGGAGGGAGGGCCGCGCGCGAAAAGUUCCCUCCUUCGACCCCGUCGGCGGACAACAUCCGACGAGAAGAUUCCGUUCCGAGUCAUCGUCGGAAUAAACGUCGUCGGGAGAUCCAUCUGUGAGAAUAUCUGCUUAAAAAAAAAGUGGCUCGAUGUUAUGGGUAGACUAUGGGUACUGACAAAGCUGUCACAAGCUGAGAAGAUACAUAGCUUUGUUAUCA